CUGCCCGGAGGUGUUUUUAUUAUUAUUGAGAAAUAAAACGUCUAGAAGAAGAAGGCCAAAAAAAAUAAAUCAGAAAUGGGAAUCGUGGGACCGGAUAAGAGCCGGAAGAUGGAGAUGGAGGAGCUCCGGCGGACGCUGCUAUCGUGCGCCGGCGCUAACCGGAGAAAAGAAGAAGGGUUCUUCAAAUUAUCCGGCCGGCCGGUUUUUCCGCCGGAGCAAAAUGAUAGACUGGUUGGCGUUACCGGAGGCGUUUCCUUCGCCGGAAUCGCAAUUGUGAACCAGCUCCUUCUCCGUGGCUACUCCGUUCGGAUCCUCGUCGACAACGAAGAGGAGUUGGAGAAGGUGAGGGAAAUGGAAGAAUCGGGUGAAAUGAGGGGCUGGAACGGCGGCAACGUGGCGGAGGCAGUGAUGGCGACAUCCGCUGCGGUGGAGAGCUUAUCGGAGGCUCUCGUCGGCUGUCGUGGCUUAAUCCACACCGCUGCUUUCGUCGACCCCGCCGGCCUCUCUGGCUACUCUAAAUCAAUGGCGGAAGUGGAAGUGGUGACGAGCAAGAAUGUGGUGGAGGCAUGUGCACGUGCCACGUCCGUGAGAUACUGCGUGCUCACAUCCUCUCUGCUCGCAUGUGUUUGGAAAGACCAUAAUGCCCCUCUCAACCACUCUUCCCCACACAAAAUAGAUCAUGACAGCUGGAGUGAUGAGUCCUUUUGCACUGCCAAAAAGCUUUGGUACGCGUUGGGGAAGGUAAAGGCGGAAAGGGCAGCAUGGGAAAUAAUAGCUCAUCGGGGGAAUGGGUUGAAGCUUGCCACCAUUUGCUCCGGCCUCAUCACCGGGCCCCACUUUUGUAAUAGGAAUUCAACUUCCACCAUUGCAUACCUCAAAGGAGCAAAAGAGAUAUAUAGGAAAGGGGUGCUUGCCACAGUGGACGUAAACACAUUAGCAAAGGCGCACGUGGCGGUGUACGAGGAGAUGAAUAAUAGCACCGCGUUUGGGAGAUACAUUUGCUUCGAUAAGAUCAUAAGCAGCCCGGAGGAUAUUGAAAGCCUGGGAAGAGAGACCGGAAUUGAUAUGAGCAGUGUUUUGGAUGAUGCGCCAAACGAGUCCCAAAGUGGUGGCAGAUUCGAAUUGUCUAAUUCAAAGCUUAAUCGCCUAAUCUCAACGACUUUCAAAUGUAAUAAUUACCACUAAACUUUAAGGUUUUUUUAUACUCCCUCCCACCCAAAAUAUUCACAACAUUUGCUUUUUCAGCAGUCGCGGAAACUUUUGUUUAUUUCUACGUUUUUAUUGGUUAUUUGAUAAAAUAAAAUAUUCCUGACACCUCUUAUUUCGAAAAACUUUUCAUAUAGUUUUUUGAUAUGUAAAUUUUAUUUUUUAUUUCCAUACCAAUAUGUAAAUAAAGUGAAUUCAAAAAAAACUUGAUAUUUUGUCUCGGGAAUACAAGUGUGACAAAUAU